AUGACGAUACCGUCAUGGCUCACGCUCUUUUGUUCCGGUUUGAUCGCUUCGCUGGGGUACUUCUUUGCCAAGCUGCAUCUUCACAGACGCUUCUACCGCAAUGUGCCUACACCACCGCACAGUUUUCUGUGGGGCCACUUGAAACUCAUGGGGGAGUCAAUGAGUCUUCUCCCUAGUGGUGCACACUAUCAGCAAGUCAUCACGACAAUCUCGCAAAAGUACGACAUGCCCGGAGCAUGGUAUCUGGAUUUAUGGCCAGCUGGCCCAUCGCAAUUGAUUGUCACAGAUCCGGAUUUAGCGAACCAAUUCACAGUCUUGAAGAAUCACCCAAAACAUAUCGCGGCAGUCAAUUCCAUGGAUGCCGUCUUAGGAACAGGCAACAUAGCAACAGCAGAUGGGCCGGCGUGGAAAGCUGCCCACAACAUGGUCGCUCCUGCUUUUUCGGUGUCACAUCAAAGGAACAUGGCCGGUAUGAUGGCGGAAGAGGUCAUGGUAUUCCGAUCAAUCUUGCGAGAGAUGGCCUCGAGUGGCGAGGUGUUUGAACUUGAGAAAGUCCUCCAAAAUCUCGUGCUCAAUACUGUUGCCAGAUCGAUUUUCGAGGAGUCGCUCGAUGCACAGCGCAAGGAAACUCCGAUGCUUGCAAAAUUCCAUGCAGCGUGCAAAGAGAACGUAUAUAUAAUGCAAUCAUGGAACCCUGUUGGAAGCUUCUUGGCUCGGCGGAGGCUAAGUGGAUUGAAUGGCGAGUUGGAAGCUCAGCUGGCAGAUAUGAUUCGUGUUCGCUACGAAAAACUCCAACGGGAUAAUGCAGAUGUCAGUCAAAAGCGAGGCUUAUGCACGGUGGACCUCAUACUGCGAGAGCACCUGCUCGAGGUACGAAAGGCGCAGAAAGAGGCUCUUGACCCGACCUUCAUGCAUAUGGCAAUUUCACAAGUACGCACCCUUCUGCUAGCCGGAUCCGGUACCACGACAGGUACACUCUCAUUCGCCUACGCACUGCUCUCCGUCAACCCGCAGGUCCUUCAAAAACUACGAGGCGAGCAUGAUACUGUCUUCUGCCCUGGUAUUGAGGCCACCUACGAUCUGCUUCAAACAGAACCGAAUAGGCUCAACGAGCUCGAAUACACAACGAACGUGAUCAAAGAAGUUCUCCGCCUGUUUCCCAUCGGCAAUUCAGCCCGCGGAGAAGAUGCCACAGGCUUCCUAACUUACAAAGGCCAACAGCUUACCACUAGAGGUCAGCUUGUCACUGGCGUGCAGCACACCAUGCAUUAUGAUCCCAGAAUUUAUCCCAAUCCUACAAAAUUUGACCCAGACCGUUUUACUCGCAACGAGGUGCCGCGGAACGCAUGGCGGCCGUUUGAGCGUGGGCAGAGGGCGUGUUUAGGACAGACGAUGGCGAUGGAGGAGAUGAAAGUCACCCUCCUGCUGACGGUGAGGGACUUUGACUUCGAGUGUAGCGGACUCAAGCCUACGAAGCAAAGAUUUGGGUGGACGGAUCUAGAUACGAUCUUUGGAGAUCGAGCGUUCACGGUCAUGAAGUUCGAAGCAAAACCGAUUGAUGGGAUGCCCAUGACAGUAAGAAGGACAAAGUGA